CAAUUGAUAAUAUCUUAAUUUAUAUUUACUUUUACAUUGGUCGCUCAGUUAUUCUCUUGCAUUUUUUUACAAUACAUGGCGAGUGUUUAAAUGACAAUCAUGUUUAAACUACUUUUGUUUGCUUUGCUAUUUAUUAUUAUCACAAAUGCUGAUCUGGGAGCCAAACGUAAGGAUGUUACUUUAAAACCUCUAUCGGCGUGUUGUGAUAUACCAGAAUUAGGUGAUCCAACGCCGCUUUCCGAAUGCUCCAAUCCUAAACCUACAGGACCAUGCAACGACAUACAAUGCGCCUUCGAGAAGUCCGGCUUCCUCAAAAACAAGGAUACCCUGGAUAAAGAGGCAUACAAGAGACACCUCCGGCUGUGGGCUGAGAAGCAUGAGGGCUGGACAAUAGCGGUCAAUAGGGCAAUCGAAGACUGCGUGGACAAGGACCUGAGACAAUACCUUGACAUCCCUUGCAAAGCCUAUGACGUUUUUACGUGUACUGGAAUAUCUUUGCUUAAAAAAUGCCCGACUCAAGCUUGGAAAUGUUGAAAGGAUAUUGACUGAUCUAAGAUUAAAUGACUAAUAUGAUUUCA